GUACUGCAAUGCAAUGGCCCUAGAAGCGUACCAUGGAGGAUAUCUGAUUUCGCCUCAGCUAGGGUAUGCCUGAUGAAUAGGAUAGGCUGUUGAACAACGAACCAUGACCAAAAUACUGAGAAAGUAUUCCUAUCAAUUGAAGGGAUAUUGGAGCUGAGACUACGAGAUUUGUCAAAGUAUCCGGGUGCGCCUCUAUCAACUUCUCUUGAGAUGUGCCAACCAGACGUUUGAGGGGGAGAAGGUUUGCAGGCCAUCCUCUAAUAUAGAUCGGUCUAAUACCAAUCACGUUGUCGGGUUCGUCCUGGUUCCAGUUUCGCCAUAAUGGUACCGUCCCAGACAUAAGACGUAGCGGUGCUGGGUUACCAGCAUUUUAAUCCUCUGUCUGUUUGCUCUUCCGGAGCUCUGCGGUACUCCCGCAAUGCAUCUCCGGUGGGUGUUGAUUUCUGGUGGUGAAUGCUAAACAGAUCUUCCUAUGUCUUCUUCACAAUCUGACAGUCGCCCUAUCUUUGGUCGGUGGCACAGGGUGCGAUGCUGAAGAAGAGAAGUGACGAAAGGCUCUAGAACACAUUGUCAGUUGGACUCAACGUUGCUGCUAUCCACGGCUAAGAUACCCCUCGCUUGUCUGAGGCCUUUGUUAAAUUCGAUCCGCUGCUACAACUUUUGUAGAGAACUUUUGCUCAUCCAAUUGAUGUUGGCUAUCCCUAUGUAUCCAUAGUCUUUGGACAGGCGUCCGGAACUUGACCUGUUAACGUGGAUCUGGUAAUGUGUCUUAUGACUUUGGCACUAAGGCGUCGAAACUGGAGAAGACUGAGUGAGAUAUUGCGGGGAGUUUUAUACACGACCUUGGGGGGGCCAGAUUCUUGGACAGGAGGUCGGAUUGGCACAGCCGAAACGAAGGGCAGAUAAGUCGAGGUUCAAUGAAAGGGAGCCAUGGAAUGCUGUAGGUGUCGUCGGAGUUAUGCCGGAAAGUGGAUGGGUUUUAAAUAAGGCGAUCGAAAAGAUCGUUUAUGCUCUCUUAGACUGGUGGUUAUCUGGGGACCUAGUUGCGAGACUCGGCUUGAAUAUGAUUUCAAUACACAGAGCCAACUGUCUUCGAGGGCCGAGACGCAAGUUGAAUUGCUUGGUGUGUGGCUCAAGGAUCCACUGUUUUCAGAAAGCGGGACAUGGGUACUCCGUAGAUUGUCAUGCAAUUAGCCUGAUUCACGGACAUAAUAAUAUCAAGAAGAUGAAUAUCAAUGCAAAGAUAAGUUGUUGGAGAUUGAGUCCACGAUUGGAGACUCCCCACCAGGGCCACCACCUGCACCAGUGAAAGAUGUCUCGGAAAGUUUAGUGCCUGAGGCAGGAAUAUGUGGCUUGCGUAACACAGCGUCGUCUGUAUACAAUAGUUUCAUGAACCAGCUUGUUGUCCAUCCCUAAUAAUUUGGAUUUCCUCUCAUCUGUCAUUUCAACUCCACCGACACUCAGUAAUCGGUUCUGACGCAGGUGGUUAGUAGUGAGUUGGCGAGGGGUUCGUUCCCGUCCGCCGAGUUUAUCUGAAACAACUCGCAGCAGCUGGUGUGUUUCAAUCGGCUCUCAGAACUCUCUCUCUCUUCAGCUUCAUCUUCUUGAUCUGAUUAAUCCUCCGCUAUCUCUCCAAUCCUUUCUCGUCUUUUCUCCCAGGGUCAUCUCUUGAGAUCCUAUAUCGUCCUCCGCUCCCUCCAUCUGCAACGACCCCCUGUCCGAUCGACAGGUGUCUACUGCUCGCUAGGACCCAGAAACUCUUCCGCUCCCUUGCCGUGGUAAUCGAAUUGCGUCCGUCCACUUGAAGCGCGGACCCCGUGUCCUUUCCCUCUGCGAAACCCUUCUUCCCACUCGUCUGUCCUACGCUCCUGCUCAACUGUCGUUUACACCAGGAGUUCAAUCUUUGUGCUCCGAUCGCGAAAUCGCUAGCUUUGUCGGAUGCGUGGCUGGACCCGACCCCCUCGCUUUAAACGUCGAUGAAUAAUAGGUAGUCUUGGCUUGACCGAUUCUUGUUGCGCAGCGGUCUCCCUCAUUCGUACCUACCACAUCUGUCUCGUUGUCUUGGAGUAAUCACUCCGCAGUCGCUCUCAAAUACGUAUAAUCGAGGACAAGCUCGCCAUGGAGUCCCCCACAUCAUACCCCCCGGAGUCUCCCAUGGACCAGGAGGAUGUUCCGUUCCCUUGCAAGGGUUGUGGAGAGAUCUUGGAAGAAGGCAAAGCUUUUGAGCUAGCUGGCAACCGAUGGCAUAUAGACUGCUUUCGCUGCAGUUCCUGCAGCACGCUUCUAGAUUCGGAUGCGCAUCUCCUUCUCCUCGGCGACGGAUCACUGAUCUGUAGCAAUUGCACAUAUAGCUGCAGCUCUUGUGGGAAUAAGAUUGAGGAUCUGGCUAUCUUGACCGGCGAGCAAGCGUUUUGCGCUCAGUGCUUUCGGUGUCGGAAUUGCAAGAGAAAGAUUGAGAACCUGCGCUACGCCCGCACAUCGCAAGGAAUCUUCUGUAUGGAUUGCCACGAGUCCCUAAUGCAACGACGAAGAAAGAAGAAUCGCGGUAUUAGCUCGAAAAAGCAUAGCAGUCCCGGCGUGAAGCUGGAUAAGUCGCUUCCGUCUCUACCACCUGAAGAAGCCGAGGCCAUGUUACAUGCGGCAGAUGACAUCUCCAUUGACGGUUACGCCGAUGGAACAUCAGAAAUGGCGUCGCGGAGGGCAGCGCCUGUGCUGGACGCGGAGAGAGCUGAGCCCAAUCAUUCUGCUGCUGAUGACCAGGACAACUUGAUCCUCCCUUCUAGCACGUAUCGCAGCAAUCGGCAUUCUGUUGUCCCUACCGAGUCCGAUGCAGAGGGCGGGGAAUUUCUCAUCCCUCUCGCGUUCGAUCCAUCAGAGGAACAGCGACCUCAUCGCACACAUUCCACCAACCAGACUAAGUCUCCUGAGCGCCUUCCUCUGGAGAGUUCUUCUCCUCACAUUGCCUACCAGGAGAAAGGUCGCGCUCGCCCCGAAGAUUCCAAUCGCUGGCGCCAGGACGACUCUCUCGGUGGUAGCUCCAUGCAUAAAGCUGGCAGGUCGAACUCGGCCCGCAGUUCUCGGUCUGACAUGCCUGUGAGCCACAAGGGAGCCGGUUCUUAUUCAUCUACUACGUUCGAGAGCACCAAGUCGUCGAUUACCUAUGGGAGAGAUAGCUCGACAGUUGACUCUCAGAGAUCUACCGCGGCGGAAAGCACCACAACUCUGCCCACUCGCCCCUCGCAUGAGCUCCGGCGAUUGCACGAGAAUGGCGGCUCGGCUGAUUCAUCUUCGGCAGUUGCACACCCUAAACGGGGUGAUUCUCUGGAAAGCAGGAACCAUCAGUUUUCUCGAAAGGAGAUUGUACAGUCUCCUGGUGCUAAAUCCAUCAGUCCAACUGACCAGUGGAGUGACCGAUCUUUGGAGACGUUCAACAAGGGUACACCGCAGAGCGGAGAAUCGCCGCGAAGUCAGCGCAACGAUUCUUACGAGCGGACAAAAUCCCAGGCACGCCCCAACUCCAUCAGCACUCCUCAACAAACAGAGCCCUUUCGCCCUGGGGAUUAUGGGGCCUCCUCUUCCCCUCUACGCUAUAGCGCUGGGGGCGACUUUUCAAUGGACGAGGAUAUGGCUCGGAUUCUUGGUUCAGACGAUAUUCAACCCUCACAAUCAAGUGAAUCUUUCUUGCGCCGUAUGUCCAACUCUGUGCGCCAUGGCCGGAGCUUCAGCGACAAGGGAUCCCGGCUUAUGAAAGAUUCCAAGUGGCCAAAAUCACCUGUCAAUGGGUCCUCGUCUAUAAAUGAUAUAGCAAGUCCUUCGGCCGGCUCCCCGGAGCAAGGCAGCGGUGAUGAAAUAGCCUGGCUUCGAAGCGAGUUGAGAAAGGAGCGCCAAAGAGUUAUGGAGCGUGACCAGAAGAUUACCGAAAUGGAGUCUGUUCUGAAAGCCACUGCCGAUGUAAAGCAGGUCAAUACGGAACUAAACGAGAAGCGCUCGACCAUGGUGGUUUUAGAUGCGCAGAAGGAGAUUGUGAUGCGAGAACUUACCGUUUUGACUGAGCAUCUAGAGUCCGAAAAGCGUGGCGGCAACAGCGGGCCCCUUGACUUGGGCAAACUCACGAACAAAGUCUUACGUGACUUUGUUGAAUCUAUUCAGAAGCUGAAAGAUUCUUUCACACCACAAAUCGAAGAACUGAUACAAAGGCGCAACGAGGUUGCAGAGGAACUUGCAAAUGUGAAUCGCAUGAAGGAUAAGAGCUUCCAGGAAUUCGAGCAACUCUCCUCCAAGAAUGCUCAGUUGGCUGAGCUAAACAACCAGCUUGUACAUCAAAUCCAGGAACUGUACAAAGCAAACUCUAUCGACGGAAAUCGUGGUGCGAACGGCCUUGGCAUAUACUCACACGGCAAGGAAAAGUCUUUGUCCUCCAUCGACGCAUUGAGAGCAGCAAGCGAUUUACCGCCAUCGGUUUCUACGCCGAACAUGUCUGAGGAAGCCGAGCCAGCUACUGUUGUUCCUGGCCCCCAAGUUGUGAGCAUCCGCAAAGGACAGCCACGCAAAUUCAACUGGAAGAAGGGAGGCCAAAAUGUCGCAAAAGGAGUUACCAAAGGCCUCAAAGGGGCAUUCAUGUCGAGCGAGAGCAACACGAGUGGUACGGAUAAUCCUACAGGUCUACCGCGCUCUCAGACACAAGACCCCAGCCGCCAGGGAUUUGGAUUUUUCGGAAAUCAGAGGAACAAACAGACAGGCACAAGGAUGCCACAGACCGAUAGCGUUCCUGCUCUGGCUGAGGCGUCUCCCACAGGGCUCUUCGGUACUGAUUUAGAACAACGCAUGGAACACGAGAAGAGCAUUAUCCCAGGCAUCGUCACUCGCUGUAUCCAGGAGGUUGAGUUACGGGGCAUGGAUAUGGAAGGAAUUUACCGUAAAUCAGGUGCUAGCUCAGCGAUUCAAACCAUCAGAGAAGGCUUUGAACGAUCUCCUCAGGAUUAUGACAUAUCAGACCCCGAUCUGGAUAUUCAUGCAGUGACAUCGGCGCUGAAACAAUAUUUCCGAAAACUACCUAUGCCGCUCAUUACCUACGAUGUCUACGAAAAAAUCAUUGAAACGGGGGAGAUUCCCUCACAAUCUGCCCGCAUUGAAUCCCUGCAGCAGAGUCUUGGAGAGCUCCCGCGUGUCCACCAGGAUGUGCUUGAGUUCCUCGUGUUCCACUUGAAACGUGUUGUGGAGCGAGAGAAGGAGAAUCUAAUGACCAGCCAGAACAUCGCCGUUGUCUUCGCGCCGACUAUCAUGAGACCACAGAGUCUCGCGCGAGAAAUGACAGAUGUGCAGAAGAAGAACGAGGUUGUCAAAUUCCUAGUGGAAAAUUGCCAGGAAGUGUUUAUGGGUAUGCAAAAUCACAACUAAUCGUCGCGUCCAAGUUCAAACUCGGCUCAGCCUCAACUGUGUUCUCGUCUUCCUUUCCUUCUUAGGCUCCUCUCUCUUCCUAGGGCCCUUCGAAGUUCGCAUGGAUCCGGCCCCCAAGUGCCUGUAUAUAUGGGGUUUGGGCCAAUCUACCCGCUCCGCUCUGCUAUCUCGCGCAUCUUUUACCCAGCGCCGCCCGCCUACCUUCUCAAAACCUCUCUGAUGAUCAGCGCUUCCCUCUCGAUACCCUUCAUGUAUCUUUCAGUGCCUGCGUGCUAUUUCGAUUCCCCAAUAUUUGAUUCCGCAGGUUCGAAGCCAGUUCCAACCAGUGGUGUAUGUGUGCUCUUAAAAAUCUUUAGACGACUUUCUUAUCCUUCUGGGUGGUUCUGAGUGACUGGAGCAUCCAGUUCUUCUCCGUUGUGGCCUCUUGGACUGUAUGUUAAUGUUCGAGUGUUCUAUAAGGUGGCUUGUCUCCUGUGCAGUAAUGCCUGGGACUAUCUUCCCAAUACAUCCGCACGUAUGAAUGAGCAGUCGAUUUACAAAUAACUAGAGUGCUCCUCCUUAGUGUAUAUCCUUACUUGAAUGGUAGAGGGAGGUCAUUCGCAAGUGCAUCGUGCACGUAGUUUCUCCAGUCUCUGCCUAUCGAUCGAUAAUAUCCACGAGGGGCUUAGAACGUAUCAUCCUCUAGCCGCUCCAUUCGCCGGAUAACGCUUGGACUCUGAUCAUCGCCUAUAUCCUCCGUAGUGUCAUUGGCGCCAGCCGUGUAAAGAAGCUGCUCCACAAUUCGUCGGGAGGCUUCCUUGGCUAUUCGAACGCGGCAUUAGUAAUUGUUAGAAAGGGUGGCAUGUAGCGCACUAACCUGGUGUCUUCAUGAGCCGACUCUGGGGAAUAUGGAACUGCAUAGUCUUUGGUGGGCUAAGACCUAGUUCAUCGUCGUCGUCGUCGUUGAACUGGUCGUCGUCGCUAUCCCAAUCGUUACGCUUGCCGAAGCCACCUUUCGCCGGCGUCAGCACACUCGUGCCUGGCUUGGGAGUAAUACGGAGACGAUUGCCACUUGGGCGCCUCUUGCGGCCUGUCCCCGGGGUUUGGGGCUUGAACGGAGAGGAGAAGAGUUCCGAAUUUAACCGAGGAGCUUCGGGCUCAGGACUAGACAUGGGGGAGUCAUCGAAAUCGUAUUUAGUUGUCGAAGCAGCCUUAGGCGUGACCGCAAAACGGGACCGCGUGGCGUCGUAGCCCUUUCCGAGUGGCGUGGCUUGUACGCGGUACGUUUUGUCGAGAAGACGAUGCAUGACGGGAUCGGCUUCGCUCUUGGCUGUUGAUCUGGAUUUAUCGUGAGACACUGGAGGAAUGAACGGAGAAGAAGAUAGGAGGUCGUCGUUGUAGGUUUCAUGGGAUCUGCUUGUUUGUUUGCCGGGUGUGCUGGGAAGGAAAGAGUCCUCUCCUUGGUACUCGUCCACGUCGUGGCCCGCCCCGUCGUACGGGGAUGGCUGGGCGAUAGAAGAAGUCACAGUCGUGUCAUCGUGAGGGCCUUCCUGCAGUACAGCGCGCGGCGUACUGUGAGAGGAGAGACUAAAGGAGGUAAUAUCGACGUCGUCGGGUCUUUUGUUGCGGUCGCUGCGUUCAGUGGACGGUGUCUGGUAAGACUGGGAUUCGUCGAGGUUGCUCUGGGAGAUAUUAGACGGAUCAUCGUCUGUUACCGUUUGCUCGAGAGUUGUGUCAUGGUCCGGUCGUUCCUCGUAGCCAGAUAGGGAGACGUUUGCGCUGGCUUCGAAGAACUGUUUCCAAAACUUCGCGCCCUCCCAUACGUCUCGAGAAGCUUCGGAAUAUUGCUCAACAACGGGGAGGAUACUAGUUGUGACGAUACGGUGGGCGCGG